AUGCCUCUCUACGACUCCAAAGCAGCCUUCGUCGCUUCGGACAUGAAGGCAUGUCCCAUGCCGCCCUCCGACCCCUCUUGUCCUAUCUGUCGUGAAGACCUCCAGCCUCACGAGCCGGAAGCCAUAUCCACGGGUCCCACAGUCGACGGCGUUCAAAACGACGACCCCAUCCCAAAUAGCUCCACCGAUGACCACGACACCACCGCCGCCAACAGCGCACCCGUUGAACCAAACGAAGAUCACUCCCCUGUCAAGGUCACCUGCUGCAACAACAUAUUCGGCCGCAGCUGUCUAGAAGCCUGGCUCACUAGAGGAACCAGCUGUCCAUUCUGUCGCGCCGAGUUUUUCCCACCACAGACUGUACCAACCGGAAGAUGGUUCGACUGGUUUGCUCGAGGCAUGCAGGCUCGAACCGACGUGGGGUUGGAGGCAGCGAGAGCUCGAUCCGGAGAGGGCAUGCAGGCGACGCAUGCUCGAUACACAGAGAUGAUGGAUCGCAUUACACUCACACACGUAGGAAACCUGCGUGCACAAAUGAUGUUGGAGCAGACAGUGCUGCAGCGUACGUUCGAGGCUCUGCAGCAGGCGGGCCCGGAUGUGGAAUUGCCGGACCAGGAUGACGCUGAGGAUGAGUCUGAUUCAAUGCCCGAGCUAGAGCCGUUGGAUGAAAUGGAAGGGUACUACUCGGGGUCUGGGUCUGUUCUGAGCGAAGAUGAGGAUGACGAGUCUGAGUUUGAGGAUGAAGAUGAAGAUGAAGAUGGUGGUGAUGAGGACGGUGGGGGCGAUGGACCCCCGGAGGGACCUGGAUCUGGAGGCGCGGUUUGUGUUGCGUGCGCUCAUACAGGAGCUUCAGUGCGAGCCUAG